CUGAAUCUACUGACUGCGUGUACUACCAAGCAGUAUCGACGAGUAUCGACUCCUUUUCAGCUCGAUUCAUUCACAGUGAUAUCCGACAUCCACGUGGGCCAUUCCCGGACCUCGAACCCUCCCCCACCCAUUCAACAUGACGGAAGAUGAUCAGGUGUUCGACCCGUCUCUGAAGAAGAAGAAAAAGAAAAAGAUAACGCCCUUCGAUUUGGGAGGAACACCCGAUUUGGAUGGCGCUAUGAAGGACGACGAGGGCGAGGCACCCACGGCUGAGGCCGCCGAAGAGGUGGCUGGACCACAGACGACUGGACCACCCGAGGACGACCUCGACUUGGACAAUUUGAGCAAAAAGAAAAAGAAGAAGAAGAAAAAGAAGCUGGUCUUGGACGGCGGCGAGGACGAAGACGAGGCCCAUGAAGCCGCCGACCCCGACCUUGACCUACCGGAGAUCCCCGACGACAUUGACUUAGAGAGUUUCGGCAAGAAGAAGAAGAAAAAGAAGCAACCGCUCAAUCUAGAUGAGCUCGAUGAUGCCCUGCCUGAUGAAAAAGAGGACGAUGAAGUCGAUUUGGAGAGCUUUGGCAAGAAAAAGAAGAAAAAGAAGCGUGCUGGUGAAUUGGGAGGCGACGAUAUGAAAGAUGACGACAAGGAAAACGCUAACUCAAAAGAAGGCACUUCAGACAACUUGGGCUCAGUUUCAAAAGGGCCCAAAGUUGAAGCCAAUCCUUGGGUGGAUUCGGAUCGUGAUUACACCUACGAUGAGUUGCUGCAGCGUGUCUUCAACAUCAUGAGAGACAAGAAUCCGGAACUCGUGGCCGGCGAAAAGAAGAGGUUUGUCAUGAGACCGCCUCAAGUGGUGAGAGUAGGAACCAAGAAGACCGCCUUCGUCAAUUUCACCGAAAUUGCCAAAAUGCUUCAUCGUCAACCCAAGCAUCUGUUGGCGUUCCUCUUCGCCGAGUUAGGUACAGUGGGCGCCAUUGACGGAAACAACCAGCUCAUCAUUAAGGGUCGGUUCCAGCAGAAACACAUCGAAAAUGUUCUCCGACGUUACAUCAAGGAGUACGUGACGUGCCACACGUGUCGGUCCCCGGACACCAUUUUGGAUAAAGAGACGCGGUUGUUUUUCCUCCAAUGCAUGUCCUGCCAUUCUCGAUGCUCCGUUCAGACCAUCAAGACCGGUUUCCAGGCCAUCACAUCCAAGAGAUCCAAGACCAAGCAGUAAAAUAUUUUCGCCACUGGUAUCUUGUGUUUUCUUGAAUAAACUAACCUCGCCUCAGAA